GAGUUUGGAGAAGGGGCAGGCGGGCCUGCAUUGCGGGUGCUGCCCGCCGCCUCGCCCCCCGAGUGUGGGGCUGGCCAUGUGCGCGGGCCGUGCUGCUGCAGCCCCAGGCAGGACCGCCUCUGCUGCCGGCGGUGAUGGCCCAGGGAUACAGCCGGGAUACAGCCGUGACGGCUUCUCUGUCUCCCUCACCAGGUGGCGGGACAGGCUUCGUGGGCAGAGCCCUGACCCAGCUGCUGCGGAGCCGAGGGCACCAAGUAACCCAUGUGUCACGACAAGGGGGCAAGGAUCGGAUCACCUGGGAGGAACUGUCCCACUCCGGGCUGCCCCUGUGCGAUGCUGUGGUCAACUUGGCUGGUGAAAAUGUCCUCAACCCUUUCCGCAGGUGGGGUGAUGCCUUCUGCAGGGAGGUCAUCAGCAGCCGGGUGGAGACCACGAAGGCCUUGGCCGAAGCCAUUGCUGCUGCUGAGCAGCCCCCCCGUGCCUGGGUCCUCGUCACUGGCGUAGGUUUUUACCGCCCCAGCCCCACAGCUGAGUACACUGAAGACAGUCCAGGAGGGGAUUUUGACUUCUUCUCACGCCUGGUGAGCUCGUGGGAGGCUGCAGCUCUUAUCCCUGGGAGCCCAACUCGUGGUGUUGUGGUGAGAUCAGGUGUAGUGCUGGGUCGAGAUGGCGGUGCCAUCUCUCAGAUGCUCCUGCCUUUCCGUCUGGGACUUGGAGGCCCCAUGGGCUCUGGACUCCAGCCCUUCCCGUGGAUCCACAUUCAGGACCUGUCUGGGAUUGUGUGUCAUGCCCUGGAGAAGGAGUCUGUGCAGGGCAUCCUCAACGGCGUUGCCCCAUCCUCCCCUGGCACCUCCAAUGGCACCUUUGCCCAGGAGCUGGCGGCAGCCCUGGGGCGCCCGGCGCUGCUGCCGGUGCCCGCCUGGGCCGUGCGGGCUGUCUUUGGGGCAGAGCGGGCGGUCAUGCUGCUGGAGGGACAGAGGGUGCUGCCCAAACGCACCCUGGAGAGCGGCUACUCCUUCAUCUUCCCUGAGCUGCCUGCAGCCCUGAGGGACAUUGUGGCUUAAGGCCUGCCCAGCUGGGCACUGCCCCUCGGCGCUUCCCCAUCCACGUACAGAAGGUGUGAGCAGUCCUUUCCCCCUGUAUCUCCCUGCGUGCAUCCCCAGUUUAGAAAUCAUGCCUCUUACUGCUACCUGAAUCUUAACAUUGCCUGCAUUUGGGGAAGGGCAUGAGCACCUCAAAGGACUGUCACUGGGGAAUUGCCCAUCUUCCCUUUUGCAUGGUGUGUGAACAGCUGGCAAAGCAGCUGGGGGUGUAAUGUCUUCUCUCCUGAGAGAUGUGCAGCAGGAAACUCAUCCUAAUGCUGUUGUAACUCCUCCAUGGUAGUGGAAAUCACCCUUCCUGUUUUUCCCCAUGAUGACAGGCAAAGCAGAAGAGCAUAAGUCUCUUUCAUGGUCUUGGUGGUUGUGGGAGAAGAUGCAUCUUAGGUUGCUGAAUACAGAUUUCUUGGAAACUCUGCCCUCUCUUGUGGCUGGUACCAAGUUGAUGUGUCAGUACCUUCAGCUGAGUCUAGCCUGAAGAGUUACACCCUUCCAGGGUUCCAUACCCCUUGUGCUGUGGCAGGGAUGAGGGACAACCCUGCUUUGCCAGCCUGUAGGACAAAGGGUGACAAACUGUGCCCCUGGACUGCUUUGCCUUGGCUGAGUGCCCACGAGAUCUAAGUUUGAGCUCAGGAAAGCUGGGUGGUACAUCACUGUGUGAGGCACUGCAGGUCACAGCUUUAGUCUAAAGGAGCCUUUCAGCUAUUGCCUUCACUGUGCUUACCUCAGACCAGGGUGGUUUUAUUGAUGCUGUGAGGUGGUGCUUGUUGUUAAUACCUGAUCUAAUCACAGCCUGUAAUUAUGUGCCUCAUGUUUGCUGUUUCACAGGUGGGGAGUUCCUUCUUCCCUUAGCCUUUCCUUUCUUAUACAUUUUCUUAAGUGGCAUCUUUAUGGUUUUAUACCAUAUUACUACAAAUGACAUAUUCCUAUAUUAUAAUAUUAUAUAUUACUAUACUAUGACUAUAAAAGUCAUAUUAUUAUAAAUUACUACCAAAAUGGCUACAUACCCAUUUUUCUGUGCAACCAAACUGUUCUACAAUAAAUCUGCAUGUGUAUAUUUACAAACA